AAACCACAUCGUCGUCGCUAGUUGAUAGUUAGAGAGGGAGCUUCAGGUGAUCACAAACGAAGUCAUUAGUGGAAAGCCGAGAUUGCUUAUCACACUUGAAGCUAUUGACACAGUUCCGCGGUCCUUAUCCAUGAAGCCCGUGCACAUGCGCACACCGCCCGUACAGCAGCGUCCUCGUCAGUCCAGAGGAGACCACAGCGACAUCAGUUCGAACUCUCCGGAACGACUGUGCAAAGGUGUUGGGAAAACAGCCACGAUGAUUCUCUCCCUCUCGCUGUUACUGGUUUCCAUUGCAGGUCUGGAGGCGGCCCAGCCGGAGACCUCCCGGGACAACCUGCGGAGUCUGCUGACCGACCACUUCACGACUCCCCGGCACCACGUCACCAACCCGGACGGGCUGGUCGCAGCCGAGAACUUCAUCUACGACACGUUCAAGAGCUACAACAUGCAAGUUGUAAAGCACGACUUCAUCCUGGUGAAAAAUGGGGACAGGCACCCUGGCGUGAACGUGGUGGGACUGUGGCCAGGUCGCUACUUCAUGACCCCUCAGGACAGACCCUUCAUGCUGACCGCCCACUACGAGAGUCCGUACGACAUGUCCGGCGUGGAGGAUAACGGGUCCGGGCUGGCCGCCCUGCUGGAGUCGGCCCGCCUCAUCACCUCACAGCCCUGCCUGCAGGACUACACCGUCGUCUUCACGGCUUUCGACUAUUCAGCCAACUUCGAAAGAGAUCUGCAGACCAGCCCCUGUGAGACGGUGGCCUGCGGAUGUCGGCAGUUUGUGCAUGAAGUUCUCGUGCCUUUCAUGAGCGACAGCCACAUAGGCCCUACAGACAUCCAAGGGAUCAUUGUUAUGGACGGGCUCUUAAACUACAACAACACUCCGGGAGCUCAAGAAAUUCCUAGUGAAGACGUCUUUCGAACGGUGCCCGGACUAUCGGAAGCUGCCAACCUUGUCCGAGCUGACGGCUACAGGGGAAACUUCGUCACCUCCAUCUACCGCGAGGUAGACUCACCACUGGCAGCUGCCUUCAACAACAAGUUCGACGAGGCAGCGGACCAACGGUUCAAGAUUCGUAGCCUGACCCUCCCCUUCUCCAACAUAACGGACCAGACGAAGCAGGACCCACUGUGGCCACUUUUCAACGCCCUGAUAGACGCUGACAUUAAAGCCUUGUACGAAGUGAUACCAGAUGUGAAGGCCAUGCUUCUCACUGACACAGUUCACCUUCGAGGCAGAGAGAAGGACUGGCAGAGUCUGACCGCCAGUGACUCCAUGACCAUCACUGCUGAGAGGCUGGACUUCCUGAAGAAGACCACAGACGCGGUGACCAGGAUGGUGGAGGAUCUCACAGGCCACAAGGAAACGUGCGGCAAAGAUCCCCUGACUGAGUUCCCGGGGCAGGCAGGGUUCCAGAUGAGAGGAGAGCUGCAGACGUCCACCCGAAGUCUGCAGAACGUCACGCUAACCGUGCACGAUGUAAAACCUCACGGCGUGGUCACCGUCACACUGUCUGGUGAGACAUGGAGGCUGCCCAUGACAGGGAUGUUCGAUCCUCUGGACCACAUUCUCCACCUAGUCAUUCAGGAACCUGUAACUGACCUGGAUGGGAUGCAGUUUGGUACCCUGACAUGUAAGGUGAUAGGGAGGUUUCGUCCCCGCGACUCCGGUGUGAUGUUCACGGGUAGGAUGAGAGGGCACUGUUCGUCGACGCUUUCCUUUUUUGGAGAUGGAGGUUUUGAAAGUGGCGGAUUCAUGGCCCUCUAUAGCGGAAAGGUUACAGCUGCCGGCAGUAGCGGGCCCAGCCUGGCGUUGCCGGUGGUUCUUAGCCUGCUGGGCGGUAUGGCCUUCUCCGCCGCCCUGGCUGCUGUAGCGUGGUUCCUCUACACCAAACGCCUUGCGAAAUCGACUACCAACUCACUCCCCAUGAAGGAGAACCAGUGAAAGUGAAGUGAAAGUGAUUCGUGGCUGAUGAUACUAGCUUUAUAGUAUAGCCUUUAGGUGUUGGUAGGGGUAGUUUUUCUAAUGAGGUCAUGUUUUUUUACGUUUUAGGUUUUUUUUUUACGUUUUUUUACGUUUCAUGAUUGUCAGGUAUGGAUGAAAAUGCAGCCUUGCUAGUCUCGUAGUCCAGGUGGUGGUAAUUAUGUUUAGACAUUUAGUCCUUAGUUAACUAGUUAAGUUUUUUUCAUGGUCGCAUUGGUCUUACUACAAAACGUGACGAAGGUACGAGGGUGAGACAAUUUGAUAAUUGUUUUAUUCAGAAUAUGAUUCAUUUAUCGCAUUCAGAUCCUGUAUAGAAAAAAUUUUCGUAAUGAUUUGUAAUGGAAGCGCAACUAUGUUGGUAGGUAAUAUAGCAGAGAGUAGUGUUAUAUUUUGUAUGAAGAAAUGAAAAACACGCAUGCCUAAGUUUUGGUUGGCGUGUGCUGCAUACGACGUUUUCCUCAGGAUCACCAUGGUAACAUCACCAUGGUAACUUCAUCAUGGUAACAUCACAAUGGCAACAUUGAUGCAAGUCAAGUAAUGUUGGGGACGCGUGACGUUAAAAUUUACGAAAAGAUGAGAUUUUUCUACUUUUUUUAACUACAUAUAUUUAUGUAUGACAACACUAGAAUUUAGAAGAAUAAUUCUUGAAUAAGAAGUAUAUGAUGUGUUACAAAGAACGAAUAAAUGAUUCAAUUGCGCUCUCAUUAA